AUGAUAACAAAACAGACACGGCAUAUAAGACAGAAACAGUGCAGCAGUGAAGAAGAAGAAGCAGAAGAAGAAGAAGAAGAAGAAGCUGAACAGGCAGAAGAGAGGAAACGCAGCAGAGAGCCUCGCAGUGACUGA